AUGCCCAGCCCUCUGCUCCCUUAUCUCAUGCCCAGCCCUCUGCCCUUAUCUCAUGCCCAGCCCUCUGCCCUUAUCUCCUCAGCCCUCUCCCUUGCUCAUGCAGCCUCUGCCUUAUCUCUACCCAGCCCUCUGCCCCUUAUCUCCAUGCCCAGCCCUCUGCCCUUAUCUCAUGCCCAGCCCUGCCCUUAUCUCACUCCCAGCCCUCUGCCCUUAUCUCAUACUCAGCCCUCUGCCCUUAUCUCAUGCCCAGCCCUCUGCCCUUAUCUCAUACCCAGCCUCUGCCCCUAUCUCAUACUCAGCCCUCGUCUCAUGCCCAGCCCUCUGCCCCUUAUCUCACCUCAGCCUCUGCCCUUAUCUCAUGCCCAGCCUCUGCCCUUAUCUCAUGCUCCAGCCCCUGCCCUUACUCUCACCCAGCCUCUGCCCUUAUCUCAUACUCCAGCCCUCUGCCCUUAUCUCAUGCCCAGCCCUCUGCCCCUUAUCAUACAGCCCUCUGCCCUUAUCUCCAUACUCAGCCCUCUGCCUUAUCUCAUACUCAGCCCUCUGCCCUUAUCUCAUGCCCAGCCCUCUGCCCUUAUCUCAUGCCCAGCCCUCUGCCCUUAUCUCAUCUCCAGCCCUCUGCCCUUAUCUCAUACUCAGCCCUCUGCCCCAUCAAUGCAGCCUGCCUUAUCUCAUGCCCAGCCCUCUGCCCUUAUGUCAUACUCAGCCUCUGCCCUUCUCUCAUACUCCAGCCCUCUGCCUUAUCUCAUGCCCAGCCCUCUGCCUUAUCUCAUGCCCAGCCUCUCCCUCUCUCUACUCAGCCUCUGCCCCUUAUCUCAUGCCCAGCCCUCUGCCUUAUCUAUCACCUAG